AGCUCCAACAAUCCUCCCCAGACUGUCCCGCACGACUAAAUCCCCGCUGGCGCCCGCGACCACAAUGUAGAUUCACCACAAUGUCGCUUCGUUCUGUGCCACGAAGAUUGGGCGCGAGGGCUCUACGAAGACCUUCAAUAUGUCACAAUGCGUCACAAGCAGCUCCCAGAGUUAUGCCCAAGUGGCAGACUUGCCGGAAUGUUGCUUCCACACCAACUGCGGAGAAAGUCUUGUUCCCCGGCGCCCUGAACAGUGAAUUCACAAAUUCCCUCGAAUUCCUCCGACCGUCUCAGAACAAAUCCAUAUCCACGUUCCGAAUCUUAGAUCAGUAUGGGCAGGUGUUGGAUAAGGAAAGAGGCGUGGACACGACUGAUGAAGAGGCUCUAGAGCUAUACAAGCACAUGGUCUGCUUGAGCAUAAUGGAUCUUAUCAUGUUCGAGGCACAACGGCAAGGAAGACUUAGUUUCUACAUGGUCUCAACGGGCGAGGAGGGCAUCUCUGUCGGCUCCGCCAGCGCGCUCAAACCCAAGGACACCGUCUUCUGCCAAUACCGUGAAGCGGGAGUCUUUAUGCAGCGCGGCUUCACCCUGGACCAGUUCAUGGCCCAGCUCUUCUCCAACGCCGAUGAUUUCGGGCACGGUAGAAAUAUGCCCGUUCACUACGGCAGCCGCGAACUCAACAUCCGCACCGUCUCAUCUACCCUCGCUACCCAGCUACCGCACGCAGCAGGCGCCGCAUAUGCGUUAAAACUCCAGAACCAACAAAAUCCCGAUAUUGAGCCUCGUGUAGCAGUCACCUACUUCGGCGAAGGUGCCGCGAGCGAAGGUGAUUUCCACGCUGCGCUGAAUAUCGCCGCCACGAGACAGGCACCGUGUAUCUUCAUAUGCAGGAACAACGGGUACGCUAUUUCGACGCCUACAAGCGACCAGUACAGAGGCGAUGGUAUCGCGAGCAGGGGUGCAGGAUACGGCAUGGACACCAUCCGUGUCGACGGAAACGACAUCUUCGCUGUUCGCACUGCUACCAAGGAAGCGCGCCGUCUCGCCCUUACUGACGGCGGUAGACCCGUCCUCAUCGAGAUGAUGGCGUACCGUGUGGGCCAUCAUUCCACAUCCGACGACUCGUAUGCGUAUCGCCAGAAAGUUGAGGUCGAAGACUGGAAGCGCCGCGACAAUCCCAUCACUCGCUUACGCAAGUGGCUCGAAUCGCGGGACCUGUGGAACGAAGACAAGGAAAAGGAGACGCGAAGUCAGCUUAGAAAGGAAGUCCUAGCGGCAUUCGACAGAGGCGAGAAGAAGAAGAAGCCUAAGAUCAGACAUGCUUUUGAUGAUGUAUGGGAGGAAAUUACGGCAGAGCAGAGGGCGCACGUUGAGGAGCUAAAGGAUAUACUAACGAGGUAUCCAAAGGAGUAUGACAUCAGUCAGUACGAGGGCGGCUUAGACUCUUUGGACGAGUUGUUAGAAAAGAAGAAGUAGAUUUGAAGAGUAUGAAUAAG